AUCCACUAUAAAUCAGUUCAACCUCGAUCGCCACCAGCUCUCGAAUUCCAAAUACGCGGAGAAGAUCCACCACCGCCAUGGCCGAUUCCAAGCUGGAGGAUCACAGUGCGAGUGGGUGGAUGUCGGUGCCGGCGUUCGGGGAAUGGGACUCCAAGAACGGCGUGCCGGACUACUCCAUGGAUUUCACCAAGAUCCGCGAGAUGCGCAAGAACAACAAGAACCCCUCCCGCGCCAGCCUCGGCAACGAGGAGGAGCUCAACAAGCUCGCCGACAAGGGGGCCAAGGAGGACCGCUGUCGCCGCAGCGAUCUCGCCACUUCCCAAGUCCACCGACCCAUCCGCAACCAUCAUCACGGCUCCCCUUCCGGGAGGAAGAAGUUUAUGGGCUACUUCCAGUGUUGCAUAGGCGCAUGAGUAGGUUGUGGCUACAUUCAACCGAUAUAAUGAAGUUCUGGUUUGAGACCUUUGAGUGGCUUUUGUACUAAUAUUUGCCAGUAGACUCUGUGGCUACUGCCUUAAUUGCCACAGAUUGCUCAGUUGGUCUUAACUUUGAUCUCUCUCUCUCUCUCUCUCUCUCUCUCUCUCUCUCUAUUUGUUUUUUCGUUUUCCAUUUGACAAAACUGUAUUUUAGAAGUCUUGAAUGAAGGUUGGUUGUAUCA